GGGGCCGACUGUUUCAGCACUUCAGUCGAAAUCCCGGUGCACAUCCAGGAACUGUAAAACUUAAUUCCGAUAUAAGAAAUGGCUCUUGAACGUCAAGUCCGCGCCAAGACUUUGGCCAAGCGUGACCCCCAGCAGGAGAAAGAGGCCCAGGAAUGGAUCGAGUCAAUCCUCGGCAUGAAAUUCCCCGCUAAUGAGCCCUUCGAGGACGUUAUCCACGAUGGGCAGCUUCUCUGUGCAGUCAUGAACAAACUCGCCCCCGGAUCCGUCCCCAAGGUCAACACCAGCGGUGGACAGUUCAAGAUGAUGGAGAACAUCAACAUGUUCCAGAAGGCAAUGAAGGCGUACGGCGUACCUGAUACUGAUGUCUUCCAGACAGUUGAUUUGUUCGAGAAGAAGGAUAUCGCACAGGUUGUGACCACCUUAUUCUCCCUUGGUCGUACGACAUACCUGCACCCAGAAUGGAAGGGACCCUACCUGGGACCCAAGCCCUCCGAGGAAUGCAAGCGUGACUUCUCAGAGGAGCAGCUCCGCGCUGGUCAGACAAUCGUUGGCCUCCAGGCUGGUUCCAACAAGGGUGCGACCCAGGCCGGCUCCAACAUGGGCGCUGGACGCAAAAUUAUCCUCGGAAAGUGAACGAAGAUAAUUGGA